UUUAUACGUGUGACGACACCAGGUACAGACAAACACUACAGACAGCACGCCAUAUUUGUAACAUUAGAAGUGUAUCAAAUUUACUCGAGUUAUCAUCAUUUCGAAAAACCGUUGGCAAAAAGAUGGCACACUUCGGCAAUGACAGUGACAGUGGAAGCGGCAGCGGCAGUGGAAGCGACUCUAGUGACAGCUCGGACGACGAAUUCCCAGAAAUAAUGAAACAGGCGAAUCCAGAGGAGCAGGCCGUCCUGGGGAACCUGGCUCAGUUGUCUGGCAUUCUGGGGAAAGCCAACAGGGGGCGUGACCACGGUAACUAUGACGACAGCAGAACGGCACAAUGGGGAGACGAAGAAGUCGAGGAUCCACAUGGGGUGUCCGACCAUCUGCAGUACUUGUCUCAGCCGCAGAACGUCGCUGUUUUAGAGAAGUUCGGAAUGCUGGACAAAAUGGGACCCAUGGGCACGGCCCUGAGUAUGAUGUCUAAGACCGGAGGCGGCGGUGUUGAUAAAGGCAUGCUGAAGUUUCUGGGAAAGGGGGCGAUGGGAGGAGGGCACGGACGGAAGAAGAAGCACAAGAAGGGAGGCAUGGGUGGGCUGAAAAUGGGCGCACUGGCCGGACUUGGAGGCAUGCUGCUCGGCGGGAAGGGAGGGGGGAAACACGGAAAACACAAGUCUCAACCCAAGUUCGAUCUGAGUGAUGGGUUCGGCAUGGAGGACAUGAAGGCUCUGGCAAACAUGGCGAGCGGGAGCAAAGGUCACAAGAGUAAAGGUCAUAAGAGCAAGGGCAUUGACCUUAGUGACGGCAUUGACGCCAGUGACAUCUUUGCAGCGGGAAAAAUGUUCCUGAAGAAGUAAAAAAAUGUUAACCACAAAAAGAUAGGAAAGAGACUGUAACAAUAGAUAAAGACGAAAAUGCAUUUUUAACUACUGUAACAAAUACUAUGACCCUGUAUUCGUUGUCAACGUUUGAUACAUUUUGAGUUGAGAUAUACUUUAGUGGUUCUGUUUUAAGUUUUAAAGAUACCGCAAGUAAUGAUAUCCAUUACCACAACUAACAGAGAAUUGGGGACAGUAAGCAAAAAGACAUGACAUCGAGAUAACACAACAAUUUUAAGUUUCAUAAUAAUAUCAAUGUUUCGAUCAAGUGAAGAAGAUCCAUGCGAUUCUCAUGUUUCAAAUUGAAAUGUUGCAAGCCUAAAAUCUAAUAGGUCCUAAUACAAUAUUUCUUCUUGUAAUGCUUUGUUGUUUUAAUUUGCAAUGCAGCCUAAGGACUGUAACGGUUAACUUUCUUCCCAAUAAAGCAGUCUGUGAACUGUAUGUUUAAGCUUAAA